AUGAGUUUCGGUGCUCCCGGAGGUGGUUCGGUGAACUACAAGCCCUCACCGCCUGAGCGCGGUAGCUUUCCCCUCGAUCAUGAAGGAGAAUGUAAGCAUAUUAUUUCUGGCUACUUGAAGUGCAUCAAGCUCAACCGAGGCACCAACGACGAGGCGUGCCGCAAAUUGGCGAAGGAUUAUCUUGCCUGCCGGAUGGACAAAAACCUCAUGGCGCCCGAUGACUUCAAGAACCUUGGACUUGUAUUCAAGGAAGACCAAGAGAAAAACAAAGCUCCAGCAGCUGUGCAUAUGCCGGAAGCAUCACAAGGAACUGGCAAAGGAAAUUAAAAAGGAGAUAUAAAUAAUUGGACGAUUUGUACGAUAUCGAAGAAAAGCAUCUGUCCGCACGAGAUGGG